AUCUAAAGCUCAGUUAGCUUCUUGCUUAGCUAAGCUGAAGCUCUGGUCGGAAAGUCCUAAACCCUUUGCCGUUUGCCGCUACCGAGCUGAGACUCUCAGCCGCCCUAACUCAGAGCUCAGCCGCCGCCAUUUGCCGUCACCGCUGAAAUGGUUGGCCCCCUGCUCCGCUCUCUCUUCUCCACCACCAAGAAGUGCCUCUCCUCUUCCACCUGCCUCAGGCCCCACCUGUCCCCAGCACCCGGCGCCGCCCCUCUAUGGCGCAGCUUCUCCGCCGCCACCGCCGCUAGUGCUUCAUCCGCCGUCGCGCCGGACCCCUCCCUCGACCCCUCCCGCCUCCGCAACGUGGCCGUCAUAGCCCAUGUCGACCACGGGAAGACCACCCUCAUGGACCGCCUGCUCCGACAGUGCGGAGCCGACAUCCCCCACGAGCGCGCCAUGGACUCCAUCAGCCUCGAGCGCGAGCGCGGCAUCACUAUCGCUUCCAAAGUCACAGCAAUUUCAUGGAAGGAGAGCGAGCUGAAUAUGGUGGACACACCGGGGCAUGCUGAUUUCGGUGGUGAGGUGGAACGAGUCGUUGGGAUGGUAGAAGGAGCAGUUUUAGUCGUAGAUGCUGGAGAAGGUCCCCUUGCACAGACGAAGUUUGUACUAGCGAAAGCCUUGAAGUAUGGGCUGCGUCCUAUUCUUCUCCUCAAUAAAGUAGAUCGACCUGCUGUUUCUGAGGAGAGAUGUAAUGAAGUGGAAAGCCUAGUCUUCGAUCUUUUUGCUAGUCUUGGUGCAACAGAGGAGCAGCUGGAUUUUCCAGUCCUAUAUGCAUCUGCUAAAGAAGGAUGGGCCUCAUCGAACUUUACCAAAGAUCCUCCUGCAAAUGCCAGAGAUAUGUCGGAGCUAUUGAAUACUAUUGUGAGACAUGUUCCUCCCCCAACUGCAAGUCUCGAUGCCUCUUUUCAAAUGCUGGUCUCCAUGAUGGAAAAAGACUUCUAUCUGGGGAGAAUAUUGACGGGACGUGUAGCCUCUGGUGUAAUUCGUGUUGGCGAUAAAGUUCACGGGAUUCGUGCUGCUGAUUCUGGGGUUCAGAAAAUUGAAGAAGGAAAGGUCACGAAGUUGAUGAAAAAGAAGGGUACAAGUAUGGUUCUCAUAGACGCUGCAGGAGCAGGUGAUAUUGUGUCAAUGGCUGGGUUAGCAGCUCCAUCGAUAGGCCAUACUGUGGCCAAUGUUGAGGUUAUGACCGCAUUGCCUACUGUUGAAUUGGAUCCCCCAACCAUUUCCAUGACUUUUGGCGUUAAUGACUCUCCACUGGCAGGGCGUGAUGGGAUCCAUUUGACUGGAGGCAAAAUAGGAGAUCGGCUGAUGGCCGAGGCAGAGACAAAUCUUGCCAUAAAUGUGAUCCCAGGUUUGUCAGAAUCAUUUGAAGUUCAAGGCAGAGGGGAACUUCAACUGGGUAUUCUGAUUGAGAACAUGAGGCGUGAAGGAUUUGAAUUGUCUGUUUCUCCACCAAAAGUCAUGUAUAAAGCAGAGGGAAAGCAAAAGCUUGAGCCGAUAGAAGAAGUGACCAUUGAGGUAAACGAAGAGCAUGUUGGGUUGGUUAUGGAAGCACUAUCCCAUAGGCGAGGUGAGAUAGUUGACAUGGGCCCAGUUCCUGGACAUCCUGGUCGAACGAGAUUGUCUUUGACUUGUCCAUCAAGAGGCUUGGUUGGCUACAGGAGUGUGUUCAGCAGUGACACGCGUGGAACGGGAUUUAUGCAUCGUGCUUUCCUGACCUAUGAUAAACAUCGGGGACCUCUUGGAAACGUGAGGAAAGGAGUGCUGGUCUCAAUGGGCUAUGGGACCGUCACAGCUCACGCGCUAAUGAGUUUAGAGGCUCGUGGAACUCUCUUCGUGACUCCAGGGAUGGAGACAUAUGAUGGCAUGAUCAUUGGGGAGCAUUCACGGGAUAGUGACCUUGAUGUCAACCCUGCAAAGGCCAAGGAAUUGACUAAUGUUCGAUCAGCUGGCAAGGAUGAGAACACCAAGCUUUCUCCUCCUCGACUCAUCACUCUUGAAGAAGCGAUAGGUUAUGUCGCUUCAGAUGAGCUUAUUGAAGUUACCCCAAAGGCAAUUCGGUUGAGGAAGAGAUAUCUCGAUGUGAACAAGCGAAAAACCAUGAGUAAAAGGCCCAAGGAAUGAACUAGCGUUCGUUCUCAUCCCAUACAAUUUUGCUUCUCCAUAUGAAGUCUGGAACAAUUUUGCUUCUCCAUAGAAAGUCAGUAGUGUACGAAACCAACGAUAAUACCUAUACAAUCUAAUUUCUUUUCGAGGGAACUUUGCUGUAUUUCACUGAGCGACAAUAAUUUGCAAGUUGACAAUAAAAUAUAUCAAACUUCUUGUACA